AUGAACGUGCCUCUCCGCAAUGGCGAGCAGCAGCAAGGGCCUGUGUACGUGCGGGCCAUGUACGAUUACGACGCCGACGACCGAACCAGCCUCAGCUUCCGACAAGGCGACAUUAUCCAGGUGAUUACGCAGCUGGAGAGCGGAUGGUGGGAUGGCGUGAUUCACGGAAUGCGAGGCUGGUUUCCCAGCAACUACUGUGAACUGAUUGGGAAUCCCUUUGCAAACGGCUCCCGCGUCAUGGCGAGCGAUUCGGAGGCGGAGGAGUCGGAGGAGGAGUACAGCGAGCAUGAGAUGGACCACCCUACCAAUGCAAUGUCGAGGAGCCAGAAUGACACAAAUACAAGCACACAAGAGGAGGCUGCGUUUUGGAUACCGCAAGCGACGCCGGAUGGGAGAUUGUUCUAUUUCAACACCCUCACCGGUCGCAGCACCAUGGAGUUGCCGUUGGAGGCCCCGACCUGUGCAAAUGAGACUGGCCCGCGCGACCAUGCCAAUGUAUUCAUCCCAGGUCAAACACGUCCGCCAGCGGAGUUGAUGAUGUCUGGGUAUGAGCGUGAUGACGAUACCGACGACGCUUCUGCUUCGGAGGCGGAAGAUGCAUCAUUCGUACGCGAUUCCCAAGGUUCUAGCAACCGACGGCCACAAUCUUACUUGUCCAACGGCGUGUCACCUGCGACUUCCAUGGCUUCUUCGGCCAUUGCGUCCCCGUUAGGCAACGUUCUGGGCAAUGCCCCGGAUGCUAGCAACGCGGCCAUGCAGCAAGGCAUUGCGCCGAUUGGUACUACCAUGAACUCGUUCGCAAAUGCGCAAGCCGCCACCAGAGCGACCAUGCUGCCCAGACGCUUUUUCGAUGAUGCGCAUGCCGUGCCACUGACGUGGCAAGCAAUGAUGGAAGACAUGCGGAGAGCCGUGCACCGGUUCCGCAAAGCAAUCGAAAACGGCGAGCGAUCGGAAUUUGUCCGGAGAGUGGAGGACAUAUCCGAUCACUUGCGGCUACUGCUGGCAGCCGCGUCUGGUACGACGGACAACCACUCUGGCAACCCCUCCAUUAUUUCCACCAACAAAGCCCUCUACCCUCACUUUCGCGAGACCAUGUCUCGCUUCUCCAGGCUCGUCUUGUCCACUCACGUGGCCGCUACUGAUUUCCCCGGCCCAAACGCGCAUCAGAAAUGUCUGGCCGAAGCGGAGAAUGUGCUGCAGAGUGUGUACGCUUUUGUCGAGGUCGCACGACAUCAACGCGGGGAUGACAUUCCCCGUAUCACCCCAGGCUUCGUCACCGGCACGCACACCGCCGGCAACUGGCAGAACAACGGCCUGAGCGUAGACGACCCCCUGGCCGCAAUGUCUUUUAUGGACGAGCAUGGUGCGCCUCUGGAGCCCACCGCCCAGCUAGAUAAAAGCCUGCUCGACCGCAUGGACGAAAUGAAGCGGACCGUUAUAGCGGCAAUACGGAAACUGGACGAGCAUCUGAUCCUUCGAGAGAAGCUCAUCACACCGCAACGACAUCGAAGAAUCGGCGACAACGUCUGCAAAAGCGGUGCACAAGUCUGCAACACCUGCAGGCCAUAUCUGACCAUCAUCGAGUCCAUCAACCUCGCUCCCCUGGGUUCGACCUUUCAGACCCCUCAAUUGAACGACUUUGCGGAUCAGAAGCAAAAGUUGUACGAUUCCGCUUCGGAUCUCGUUGUUGCAUGUCAGCUCGUGGCGAGUCCGUUGGGAGACGAGUGGUCGGAAGUUCGAGGACCCUCACUUGAAGAGCGGCUGAAUCAGGUGCGGACCGUUGGACGUGAACUGGACACUGCCGCGAAUCAGAUCUUCUUCUCGCUGCAAUUAUUGUCCGAGCUGAUGCCACACGAAGGUCGGUCGUCGCCGGCGAAAGAUGGCCACAGACUUACAGACGGCGGAGCGACGUACGAGGCACACAUGCGCAGCGUGUCCAAGAGCCUUCGACCACCCAUGCUGGGCGAAAUCGGCCAGUCCAAGUCCUACUCGGAGGGUGUACAAGGAAAGGCAUCCAAAGUGGAGCGUUUCUUUGGCGAAUCGCCCGCUCCCGCCAUGCCGAGGAUCGAGACCGACGAAGUGCCCGAAUAUCUCCGGCUAGAUCACGAGGGAGAGAUCACCCUGGAUACCAAGACGGAGCCGCCGCAGAUCCGCGGAGGCACCUUGACGGGCUUGGUGGAGCAGCUGACGAGGCAUGACAGGCUGGACCCGCAGUUCAACAACACCUUUUUGCUCACGUAUCGAUCCUUCACCACAGCCUCGGAGCUGUUCGAGAUGCUGGUGCAGCGCUGGAGGAUUCAACCGCCAUUUAGUCUCGCGGGCCCCGAGCUACAAGUCUGGACCGACAAGAAGCAGAAGCCGAUUCGCUUUCGCGUUGUGAAUAUCUUAAAAUCGUGGUUUGACACUUACUGGAUGGAGCCGCAGGAUGGGGAGACUCAGGAGUUGAUGCAGAGGGUGUAUGCGUUUGCAAAGGACACCGUCCAGUCGACCAGCACGCCCGGCGCGGGGCCGUUGAUGACGGCGAUUGAGCAGCGAAUACGAGGGCAGGACUCGUCGAGUAAGAAGCUGGUCCUCACGAUGAGCUCGCAAGCACCGGCUCCCAUCAUCCCGAAGAAUAUGAAGAAACUCAAGUUCUUGGACAUUGAUGCAUUGGAAUUCGCGCGACAGCUGACGAUCAUCGAAUCCCGACUCUACGGCAAGAUCAAACCCACGGAAUGCCUGGACAAGACGUGGCAGAAGAAAAUCAAGGAAGGCGAGCCCGAUCCGGCGGAGAAUGUAAAAGCACUCAUCCUGCACUCCAACCAGCUCGCCAACUGGGUGGCACAGAUGAUCCUCACGCAGCAGGACGUGAAGCGCCGGGUGGUCGUCAUCAAGCACUUCGUCUCCAUCGCCGACAAGUGCCGCGGCCUGAACAACUUCUCCUGCCUCACGUCCAUCAUGUCCGCGCUCGACUCCGCGCCCAUCCACCGCCUCUCCCGCACCUGGAACCAAGUGAACCAGCGCACCAAAGACGCGCUGGAAAACAUGCGCAAGCUGAUGGGCAGCACGAAGAACUUCCUCAUCUACCGCGAAGCGCUGCACAAGGCCAACCCGCCGUGCAUCCCGUUCUUUGGGAUCUACCUCACCGACCUCACGUUCAUCGAGGACGGCAUCCCCUCCGUCAUCAAGAAGACGCAGCUCAUCAACUUCGCCAAGCGCGCCAAGACCGCAGAAGUCAUCCGCGAUAUCCAGCAGUACCAGAAUGCGCCGUACAGCUUGCAGGCCGUGCCGGAGCUGCAGGAGUACAUCCUCCGGAACAUGCAGAGCGCCGGCGCGGUGCACGAGAUGUACGAGCGGAGUUUGCAGGUGGAGCCGCGCGAGCGGGAGGACGAGAAGAUUGCGAGGUGA